AUAGUGAGUGUUUCCUCGGGGUAAUUAAACCUAACUUUCUCACCAACAAUUGAGGAUCUUAUUGAUAGUUUCCAAAACAUUGGGGGAUUCGUAAGUCUGAUAUCUCAGGGUGUUCAUUUUUUUACCCGUAAAAGAACUGCCACUACCGCAUCCCGUCAUCCGGCGACCUCAAAUACCGGUAAAUAAACUGAGGAGGCGAGAGAGGAGGCGAGACUGACAGAAGCCAUGAGUGAUCCCUAUUAUCGAUACGAUGCCUCCGCAGACAGAGGCAGUGUUGCAAGGUCUAGCUUUCCUGGCUACUUGACUCCUAAGGCACCCUCUUUUGUUUCUCAUCAACCUUUGGGCUCUAGUGAUUUGCGAGUUGCUUCUGAUUUUCCACAGAGAGAAAUAAGUGCAGUGCGGCCUUCGCCAUAUGGCUUGGAUGAAACUGCAGGGAUUGGAGUUCAUCCUGAGCCUGUUAUGGGUGCAAUCACAGCAGGAGCUAGUGUAAAGGGCUACUCAUCUCCUCCACAAGAUCCAAGUUUAAUAGUUCAAAGACGGGAUGUUGCACUAGGCAUUGGUCCACCUAUUCCUGGUAGGAUUGAAAUGCCCAAUUCUUUGAGAAACGUUAAUGGUUCCCUGCUAAUAAAAGGAGAAUCAAACAUUCUGUUUGUUGAUGGACUCCCAACUGACUGUACCAGAAGAGAAGUAGCUCAUCUUUUCCGUCCCUUUAUUGGCUAUAGGGAAAUCAAAGUUGUUCACAAGGAGCCCAGACGUAGUGGAGAUAAGGCUAUGGUUUUGUGCUUCGUGGAGUUCAUGGACUCAAAGUGUGCUGUGACUGCUAUGGAAGCUCUUAAUGGUUACAAGUUUGAUGAUAAAAAACCUGAGUCCCCUACUUUGAGGAUCCAAUUUGCACAGUUCCCUUUCCGUCCAUCUGAUGGUGAUGAGCAGCGGAUUGGGAUUCCACGGUGAGUACUUGUGCAUGGUUGGACGACAAUCCAUUU